AUGGCUGAGCAGGAGGUCGACCUCAUCCAAAGGGAUCCAAAUGCAUUAAAUGAGCACACACAGAUAGCGUUCGAGGAUGUCCUUGGUGAGCCGGACGGUACACAUAGCAUCGACUGUGUCUGGACAAACAGUCACAAAUGCUUCACCUGUGGGAAGAACUGUUGUUACAAGUUCCUGACCACAUUGUGUGGCAUCUGUAUCGGCCUGUACUGGGGAUGUGAGUUCGCCAUGAUCACUUUCAAUGCUGUCUGGUGUUGCACACCGGGUCUCAAGGCAUAUACCAUUUCCUGUGGAAUAGUUCAGAAGUUCUUUGGCACCUGUGUCGCCUGCUGUUUAGCUCCUCUCUGCGAAACAUUUGGAUUAAUGUUCAGCAAGAUUCAAGUGACAAAGUCGUAACAAGAACACUAGUCGUUAAUGUUGUUGUGUUGGUUUACACAGCAAAGCACAUCUCCGGUUAAUCUGAUGGAAUCCUUAAACAUCUGAACUUUAAACCCCAUAUAUGAAGUUCGAAUGAAGAAUAACAAAAGAGAUGAUGUUUUAAGUGUGAUAUGUAACCAAGUUUCAUUAAAGCUGUUUAAUGGAAUACUACAGAAAACGCUUCACGUCCAAGUUAUUUCUCUGAGACUGUGAUAAGAUAACUCAAUACUCGUUAUGGAAAGAAUACCUUUACCUUAGUGCCCUAUUUAAUGAAGUAUUUCAUUGUAAAUACUAGGAUGAAAGUACUUCCUGUAUUAUACAAUCGAUCUUAUUGAUUUAAUAAAGACUUAUUUAUUGUA